AUGCUGAGUGCGAGCGUCCAGCUGCCAAUACGGCUUCGCUCGAGCUUUGCUAUUUCCUCUUUGAUUCGUGGCUCACGUACAACACCAUGUGUUCGAUCUAUCGCGGCAUCGCGGCGUUUCCAUCGCCCGGCUUGUCUCCGAGAGCAGCAGUCACCGGAGCUUCCUAGCUUCCUGGAGACUUAUAAAAAAGCGGUGGAAUUCCCCCCUGCGACCCAUGACUUCGAGUCGUUCCUCUCGCAGGCCGAGCCAAACACUGAAGUCGUCCUGCAUGGAUACCUAGGCCAUAGAGCAGACCUCUCCAAGAAACUCUCCUUUGUACGCCUGACGGACCCAACAAUGAAACACAGUUUACAGAUCGUCGCAUUUGCGAAGAACAACGCUUUCGAACAGCUCAAAUCGCUUAACACCCACAGCCCCGUCGCAGUGCGUGGAACCGUGCAAAAGAAAAAGGCAAAGGCAACGGACAGCGAGAUUCCCGUCGAGGACACUUGGGAGCUUGCGUUGGAGGAAAUCCACCCUUUAAAUGACUUCCCCAAGGAGAUCAUCAUGACCCCGGAGACGGUGUUUUCGCCGGAGCACCGGUAUCUACAGCUUCGCUCUGACGCCAAGCUGCGUGAAGCGCUUAGGUUCCGAGCUCAGGUUCAUAAUAUCUGUAAACAAGAACUGGAGGGAAACUGCCAGCCACCGUUUACAGAGAUUGAGACUCCGUUGCUGUUUAAGUCUACGCCGGAGGGCGCACGGGAGUUCUUGGUUCCUACGCGCCGGCCCGGAUUGGCGUAUGCCUUGCCGCAGAGUCCGCAGCAGUAUAAGCAAAUCUUAAUGGCUAGUGGCUUGCCACGAUACUUCCAGUUUGCACGAUGUUUCCGCGACGAAGAUCUUCGGGCGGAUCGUCAACCUGAAUUCACACAGCUUGAUCUUGAAAUGUCAUUUGCCAAGGGCGAGGAUGUGAUGCGCACAAUUGAAGGUGUCAUCCGUCGCCUAUGGUCCACUUUAAUGAAAGAUCCUGCCCCGGAGGGCCCUUUCCGCAGAGUUCCUUACCAAGAGGCCAUGGCCCGCUAUGGAUCUGACAAACCAGACACCAGAUACGGCAUGGAGAUCAUUAAACUGGACCACGUGCUUCCAAUCGACCUCAUUGGCAAGAUCUCAGACCUCCAUGACCCCAUCGUCGAGGCUUUCAAGCUCGAGGGUAACGAAAACGAUCCAGCCGAGACACACAAGUUCAUCAGCCAAUUCCUCGACUCACCAGCUGGUGCCCCGUUCAACAGCAACCCCGACGGCGGCCCUGGUGUGUUCGUCUACAAUGGCAAACAGCCACUGUGCGGUCUCCAGCCCUUUGGCUUCGAAGCCGCCGAGCAAGUCGAAGAGCUGCUAGAUCCCGACCACGGCGAUCUAAUCAUCCUCCAAGCGCGCCCUCGCGCCCCCUUCUCCGGUGGCUCAACGCCAAUCGGUGACCUUCGCCGCGCCAUCCAUGCUUCAGCCGUCUCCUCCGGCUUCAAGCCCGCGCCCACCGGUUUCGACUUCAUGUGGGUCGUCGAUUUCCCCCUCUUCUCGCCUUCUUCCGACUCCGAGCCCGGCCAGGGCGGCGCUGCUGGCCUCUCAUCCACCCACCACCCGUUCACCGCGCCCAAGACCGCCGCAGAUGUCGAUCUCCUCCUUACAGACCCCACCAAAGUGAUUGCAGACCACUACGAUCUUGUUGUUAACGGUGUCGAGCUCGGCGGUGGUAGUCGUCGUAUCCACGAUGCUGCUGUGCAGGAGUUCAUUUUCCGUGAUAUCCUGCAGAUGCCCGCUGAGCGUCUUGAGGACUUCUCGCACUUGCUUGAUGCUCUGCGCGCGGGCUGUCCUCCACAUGCUGGCUUGGCACUGGGAUUCGAUCGCCUCGUUGCUGUUAUGCUGGGUAAGGAGUCUGUGCGGGAUGUUAUUGCGUUCCCUAAGACAGGUAAAGGUGGUGAUGAUGCUAUGGUUCGUGCGCCUAGUCCUAUGACGGCUCAGGCUCUUGAGACAUAUCAUUUGCAGCUGCGGAAGUAG